GGUGAAUUACAUUUUCUUCACGUGUAUUGUCGUGCAUCCAAAGUAUUUCGUUCGGUGGUGAAACGUGACUUCGCGAAGGAGUAUUCGGCAAGACGCGAGGACAUGGCCAAAGGUUCCGGACCGUUGCUGGAGAAGCAGAUCAGUGUCAUCAAAUUCACAAUCUUCUGCCUCAACGCCAUAAUAUGGAUCCUGGGCAGUGCGAUGUUCGGGCUGUCGAUAUGGGUGCGGAUGGAGCCGGGCUUCGAGGAAUGGGUGACCUUCCUGGACAUGUAUGAAUUUUACAUCGGAGUUUAUGUGCUGAUCUUCAUAUCGGUGUUCAUCAUGAUCAUCGCCUUUGUCGGCUGCGCCGCCGCUCUUAUGGAAAGCAUCUUGUCUCUAUACAUCGACGUGGGUCUCCAAGUGUUCUGCUUCAUCUGCGGUCUUGCUGGAACGGCGGUUGUUCUCGACUAUUCGACGUAUGACAGCAAGAUUCAGCCCAUCAUACGGCGGUCCAUGAUCAAUCUCAUCAGAAACUCCCAUCACGAAACGGCCGUCUAUAUCUUGAAAAUAAUUCAAGAAGCUGUCGGAUGCUGCGGAGCUGACGGUCCCAGAGAUUAUCUGUCCAUGCGGAAGCCCUUACCCACAGAGUGUCGGGAUACCGUAACCGGAAACGCUUUCUUUCACGGCUGCGUCGAGGAACUAUCCUGGACCUUGGAAUCGAGAUCGGGAUGGCUUGCCGGCCUGGCAAUGUCAUUGUGCAUGCUUCACGUAAUCUUAGCUGUACUGACAUUGACUCUUAUACGAGCCAUUAAGAAAGAAGAGGAAUCCAUCACAUUCAAGCGUUAAAACAAUAAGUCAUCUAGGACGCAAUAGAAAUAAUAAUAAGUUAUGAUUAUUACAAUUUUUUACAAGGAACAGAGAAUAUUUCGGGAAAUCAUAAAUUUCAUUUUAGUUCAUACUCACAUCGAAGUUGACGCGAAAAGCCCACAAAUAUACUUCAGUAAACACUAACCAACAGUAACGUUACUACAAUGUUAUAAUUUACCAUUCGGCAUUAUAAUUGUUAUAUAUAAUGCAUGUUCUAUCGCACUCAUAUUGUUGAGUGAGAAAUUAUAACAUUGAUGUAAUGUUACUGUUAGCCGGUGCUUACUGGGUGCGGUAUUUUUGAAUGCAUCCUUAAAUUUUGAUUUCUACAAUUUUCUUAAUUUGUGGGUAGGCAAAUUUUUCUCCGGAAUUAAACCCCUUGAUUAAAAAUACGAUUUAUCCUGGAAAUAAACCGCUUAUAUACACAUACGGGUUUUGCGUUAUUAAGAUAAUUUUCUUGUUAAAAUAUUGAUUGUGCGUAACGUCGAUUUAUAUUAAAUAUUCAUGCGCUUCAUCCGAGUGUAGCAUCUUGUAUCUUCAGCCAUUGAAUUCGUUCUUCCAUUCAUACUCCUGCCUUUUUGUACAUUUUUCCAUUUACGCAAUACACAUUUUAUAAUUUAAUAGCUAGAAAUAAAAAGAGAGAAUAUUAUUUGUAGUGAAAAAUAUACAUUACAAUGAAAAAAGCUGUUAAUCGUACAAACAGUGAGUAACUCAAGCUACUAAUAUAUAAUAUUAUAAAUCGAAUUACUAAUGAUAUGAAUUAUUUCUAAUAAUUAUCGCGAAUAAAUGC